AUGGACUCGAUACCCGGCGACCAGUGGAUCGGCGAGUAUGCCAGGUGGCUGCGGGUCCACGAGGCCAAGCUGGGCGAUGCAGCCGCCUCGAUAGCUGCUGCUAAGCGCACUGCUGCCGCCAAGGCGGGUCGUGAUGCACAGGCGCCGGCCUUCUCAUCCAACUUCUGGAAUGUCGUCACCCUCGGAACGGCCACUGGACCCGCGGCUGCUUCGGAUGUGACGAAGUCAGCAUCGACAUCCGCAUCCUCACUCAUAGCUCGACCGAUGCUCUUACGGCAAAACCCGCACAACGUCUUCUACCUGCUCAUCCGCUUCGAAGAGCUCGGCCUGCCGACAGGAUCUCUCGACACCAAGAUCCCCAUCGUCGCACGGCCAACGUCUUACUUUUCCUUUGUUGCUGCUUCGGCUGCAGACAAGGACCGGGAUGAUACCAUGUCUAUGAGCUCGAUGCGCAGCCGCAUGAGUGUCGUAUCCUCUUCCUUCAGCUCGUCGCUUUCAUGGUUCAGCACAUCCUCGAGCAAACCAGAUCCGUCGAAGGACCUCAAGUACAUCUACUCUUGCUUUACCAAGAUUCCGAGCUUGCGGCUUGGACCGAUUCCGGCCCGCAAACUCAUUCAGGACUUCGAAGACUGUCCUGGGCAGUCCGCUGUUCCGCUCGAUGUGUUCAAGAACCUGCAGACGCUAGAAUUGGACGACGUCGAUCCACGCACUCUCAUCGGAUGGGACCGAGCAUGCAUCCAACUUCGCAGUCUGACGUGCAAGAAGAGCAACAUCGAGGACCUUACCGACCUCUUGGUGGACUUGGUCGUUGUCGACGCAAAACGAAGACGUGGCGAAAAGGUGGAUCUCAGACGGCUGCGACUACCAGCUCCGACCACACAUGCUGGUGCAUCGGCCUCAAACACCGCAUCGAAUACGGACGUGGAGGACAACAUCACGGAAACCUCGAUCGAGCCAUCAAGUGCCGCCUCGACGGUAGCAGAGGCAGAGGCGACCCCGUCAAUAUCCAAAGAUCUCCCCUCAUUAGCAUGGCACUUCUUGCGGCAUCUCAACCUCUCCAACAACAACCUCACCUUUGUCCCUGUCGAGCCGCUGCUCUGUCUUGCAGAGCUGACCAGUCUCGACCUCUCUUCGAAUCUGCUCAAUGUGGUCCCACCUUCGCUCUCCCACCUCCCCGCUCUGACCUCGCUCAACAUCUCGGACAACCUCAUCGACUCGGUACUCGGGAUCUACGAUGCCCUUCCCGCCAUCCGCGUCCUCAACCUCGCCAAGAACCGUCUGGAAAGCCUUUGUGGACUGGAACGCCUCUACUCGCUACAGCGCAUCGAUCUGCGUGGCAACGCCAUCUACGAAGCUGGCGAGGUGGGAAGGCUCGCACCAUUGCCCGCGAUCGCCGAGAUCUGGGUCAAAGACAACCCGUUGGUUGAAGAGCUGGUCGACUACCGUGUGGACUGCUUCGUGGAAUUCGCACAAGAAGGGAGAACAGUGGCGCUCGAUGGCGAGGCACCUGGUUUCUUUGAGAAACAGAGGAUCGCAGAACGUGUGCCCAACGCUGCCGAACUCUUCGCCCUGGCUAGCUCGAACGGCAGCCGGAUGGUCAGCAGCUCAGCAAGUGGCACAACAAGGGGCAAGUCGAGAGCAGACGCAACCGAGGAGGAUGAAGCUCAGCUUGCAAGAGAUGUCGCCACCAGCAGCCGUGGGCCUGUGGUUGUCAAGAACGUGCGCCAUCGCGCCGCCGCCCGCCCAACGAAUGAUACGAGAGGCAGGAGCGAGUUGCUCAAGGUGCCCGGCAGUGAGAAGGCCGGCGGUCAGACCGAAGACGCGGGGGCAUCAAAGUUGGGAUCGCGUUCAACGUCGAGAGAGGGCGCACGCGGGUCAGGACCAGGACGAAGAAAGAAUCAGCGCGUCAUCGAACUGGACUCCUCGCCCCGGAAGCCGACCGCAGCUUCGACUCGCGAGCGUACUCUCACCGAUUCGGAUCGCAUCAAGCACGCGGCACUGUCAGGAAACAGCUUCGCGGCCAUGGAAAGCCCCGAGGCCGCUUCUGCAGUAGCAGCAUCGAACGGAGCCAGAAACGCGGCGAAGGAACCGGAAUCUCCGCUCAAGGAGGGCAAGAUGACUUGGACGAGGAAGGGCGGAGCAGCUGCGGCUCAGCUGUCCGCCGAGGACAGUCAGUCGAAUCACGGGUCCGGUAGCGCAUCGAUCGCUUCAGCAACGAAGGGCAAGGCCAAGUCGACGUCUCAGGACGCGGACGUCUUGCGGGCUCACAGCACCCUGCUGCUGGCCAUCCCGCCAGGUCUUGCCUCUUCUUCGGACAGCAAUUCGGCAUCCAGCUCAGCAAGUCGGCCAGGACAGCCGCGCACUUUCAGCUCGCGUCGCAAUCCAAUCGAUUCGAGCACGCUAGGGCGGAAGUCGGCCGCUCGUCCUUUGGCGUCGGAUCUGUUCGCGACAUCCAACACAGGAGCUGUAUCAGCGACAACCAACGACGUGUCUGGUGGCACCGAGACGCCAGCAGCAUUGGCGAGAGAGCGAAUCGCGCGCCCACGCAUCGGCUCCACCGCGGCCCUGGCCAGGCGGUCCCAGGUGACGACGAGCAUGUACGAUUCAGACCUUGCCUCGUCCUCCUCACCGCUGCCGACGAGCGACGCACCUGCUGUCCGAAGCGAACCCAGCUCGAGCGAUGACAAGCUUGCCGCUGCAUUGGCCGAGAACGAGACCGAGUCCUCGAGUGGCACGCGGUCGGACGCCUUCCGACGCCGCAUCGAAGCGCUCAAGUCGGAAGUGGGCGACGACUGGUUGCGUCUGCUAGCAAGAGGUGGCGGAUCGACGGCCGAUCGAGAGUCCCUCCUGCUCGCGGCUGACGAGGCGGUGCCGGCAGCAGAAGAGGUGACGCGCGUGGCGAGGUCCAAGAAGACCCGCAAGCCGCGCUUGACAGCAGAGGAAUCACAGGAUAGCGGCGCCCGUCGGAGGGCCGCACACAUCACGUAG